CAUGACCAAUUUUUUUUCCUGUGUGUGCAGAAUAGAUAUACAUGUGUACAGCUAGCUCAUCUCAAUUCUCCACCCUCUUGACCUUUUACCUUAAAUUUCACUAGUAUAAAUACCAUGCCAACCAGGAAUUAAAUAUUCUCCAAGGCAAAGACGUCUCUGAAUUUUUUGAAAAGAGGUGUUUAUAUAUAUUUGAAAUGGUUUGCUUUUGUUUUCUGGUAGACCAGAGGAGGAAGGUGCGGCGGAGCAAGCCGGUGGCUGGGACAUGUUCGAGAUGUGGGCGUGGAGCAAGCGUGGCUGACAUAAAGACUUCGACUAGGUUUUGUUAUGUUCCAUUUUAUUGGAAAUCUUGGAAGGCAAUCAUGUGUACUUUUUGUGGAGCGAUUCUCAAAUCUUACAGAUGAAUUUUGCAGAUAUAUAUUAUAGUUUUGGCUUUUGGUCUCUCUCUCUCUCUCUAACUUUUCUGUAUGUUAGGUUUGAGUUCGGGACUGUUUUGAUGAUGAAACUGAAAGUUAGGCUUAGUACUAUGUACUUCACGUUUGUUUGUUUGGUUUGGUUUGGUUUUUUCCUUUUCUUUUUCAUAUUUUGGUGUGAGGAAAGGACUGCAUAGAGCUGUGAAUAUAGGCUGCUGAUAUUGUCAUGGAGGAGAUGAUAAUGAAGGGAAAUUUUCUAUCUGUUCAGUGCUAGACCAAAUAUCUUAGAGUUGUUCAAUCAUAUCCACAGCUCCGGGAUGUGCUCUUUUAUAUAUAUUUUUCUGGUUUUGUAAUAAAAUCAAUGCAAGAAAUGGGUUUUAUUA